AUGGCGCAGCUUCCUGCUGCCAUUGUAGCGUCAUCGGAGGGAAGUUCAUAUGUGAUCAAGAUAGACGGAUACUCAAGACUCAAGGGGCAAAUCGAGCAUGGAAACUACGUGCAAUCUACCCCUUUCACUGUUGGAGGUCACGAUUGGGCCGUGGAGUAUUACCCAAACGGUUGCUACGCCGAAAAGUAUGAAGCCGGUUUCAUAUCUGUUUUUCUAGCUCUGUAUUCUGAUGUUUCUAACGAUGUGAAAGCGAAAGUUGGAUUUAGUCUGCUUGACAAAGAUGGAGAACCACUGGAAUCAAAAAGCAUGAUCACCCAUGAGCAUAUCUUCGAUAGCAAAGGUUCAGACUGGGGUUUCUCUAAUUUUAUCAAGGUUGCUGAUCUCGAGAGCUCAGUGUAUCUAAGAGACGACAGUUUCAGCAUCAGGUGUGAUGUUACGGUUAUGAAGCCUGUCCAUAAAGUUAAUCGGUUUAUUGUGGUUCCUCCAAGUAACUUGCACCAGCAUCUCGGUGACCUCCUCAUCAGCUUGGAUGGAGCGGAUGUGACCUUUCGGGUUGGCGGGGAAAGCUUCUUGGCCCAUAGGUCCGUGCUUGCUGCUCGGUCAUUAGUAUUCAGGGCGGAGCUCUUUGGCCCCAUGAAGGAGAGUGGGAACAGUUUGAUUGAAAUUAGCGAUAUGGAAAGUGACGUGUUCAAGUCUUUGCUCCACUUCAUUUACACUGACUCGCUGCCUGUUCCUGAGACAACUGAUGAGGGUGAAACAGGAAGAGAGAUGGUGAUAGCUGGUCAUCUACUUGUUGCGGCAGACAGGUACAACAUUGAGAGGCUCAAGCUGAUAUGCGAAGAGAAGUUGUGCAACCUCAUUGACUCUGACGUCGUGGCGACUAGUUUGGCUCUAGCUGAGCAGCACGGCUUGCAUAGAAUCAAGGAGGCCUGUUUUGAGUUCCUCGCUUCGCCUUCCAAUUUGGAGACGAUGAUGGCAAGUGAUGGUUACGAGCAUCUGAAGAAUAGCUGCCCAUCUGUUCUCAGGGAGCUGGCUGCUAGCUUCCUGCCGGCCGAGCUGAAAGCGGUCAAAGAUAUUAUCAUGACAACUUAG